AUUGGUCCUCCGAACGCGGCGCGCGCCGGGAUGUGUAGUCUCUUUCCUAACCUAGCGCUGUUGCCGGGGGCAACGGUCCCAUCUGGCCGCAGUGUGUGGCCGAAGCCCGGUGGCGGCCUCUGCGGAUGGACAUCGUGGGAGGAGGGAAACUUUCAGAAGAGCUAGAUGCCGAAAAACCUGGUGUGGUGGUCGGGCUUUCCCUCUGACCCGCAGAAUGGCCGGGGCCAAAUCUUCUCCUGAGCUUCAGUUACAAAAAUAUUAAUAAAGGUAGCUGUCGAUGUGCCUCUGCUUCCUCUUUACCACGUCCUUCCAGCUAAAAGCCCGUUAAAAGUAGAAUGGCUUCCAUAAGAAGAGCCAGCCAUCCCGCGCGCAAUAUUUUUGGUGAUUUUAGUGAUACUUCCUUAGAAGAUUCAAAAAUGGAAGAAAUCAGAAACUUGAAAAUCAGUAGAAGUCUUACCAAGACAGGACCUGCUCAUAGCAGAUUUCUAAAAGGAAACCAAACCAUGGGUGUAAAACACUCACUCCUGAAAGAGAAGGCUGUUGUGGAUGGUGGGCACAAGCUCUCCUCAGGGAGACCCCUGACCACUGCCUCGAAGCUCAGGGCCAGUGCCGUGCUCACAAAACUGGCUCAGAUAGAAACCAAGAUUAUGAACAGGAAGGCGCAGAUGGUUUUGUCAGACAUGGAAUCUGACCUGAAGACCUCUGAGGAGAGUCUUCCAAAGAGCACAGACACAGUCCUUCCCAGGAGUACAGUCAAACUUUCUUCACACAGCCUGGAAAAAACCUCCCAGAAACAAGCCCAUGAAAUUCCUGUGGCUGAGAGCGGCGGUGCGCAGAAUGGGAAGGUCAGUAGGUUUCUAAAGAGGAGGGAACCACCCGUUGAAAAUACUUUCCCUGAAGCACAUUUUGGAAAAGAGAGGAAUUUUCAAACACCCAAAGAGAAAAAACCUGCUAGAAAACUAGCUUCUCCAGACAGCGAUGAGGAGGAAAUGAAAGAGUUGCUUGGAAGCUUGAUGGAAUCUUCUAGAGAAAAAGAAACAUACACGAGUCAACAUUUCAGAGGCCCCAGAGUCAGUGAAAAAGAACAGACAAAACUAUUUUUGGAUCCGAUCCCAACUCCGCCAAGAAUCCUUUCGCCACCCAGUGAGGAACUUUCCAGCCCAAAGUCAUUUCGGACAUCACGUCUGCCAGGCUCACAGUCUGCAGACGGGACCCUCUGCAGCACGCGUUCUAGAGCUCGCUCCUCACAGACGCACGCUUCGGGGGACACAGCCACCCGCAUGGCAUCGCACGCUUCGGGGGACACAGCCACCCGCACGGCAUCGCUUCCCAUUACUGGCCCCUCUCCAGAGUCCGCCUCCGUGGGGCGGCCGGAGAAGCUAUCCUCCUGCCCCGGAAGUAGUGAGGCUGGGCCUUGUGAAGAGUCACUCUCAGAAGCUGCCGAUGACAGCCCGAACGAUUUUCGAAUCAAUCUUUUAUCCCUUGAAGAUCUGGCUCCAGCUGUCAGCGAGAACUCAGACCUGGAACAGAGAAAAGAAGGCCAGCGGGAUGAGGCAUCCAGCCGAAGCCCCCGGGCCGGGGGAGCCCCCACUCUAAGCGAGGUCUCAGAGCGCCUGAGUGAGCCGUCGGCUCCCAGCCCGAGGCCGAAGUCUCAGGAGCCCACAGCGAGCACGGUGAGCUCGGCUUAUUCGGAAGAUUUUGAAACAGCAUCCGAGUCGAGGGCCUGUUCUGAGGAGUCUCCCGACAGGACACUGGACACUUCGACAGAAUUCUCUGCAAGUCUGCAGCCAGACCUUGCCCUGCCAACACUGAAGCCUCGGAAGAAUCAGGUCAGGGACAUUACGAGAGUCCUUGUGAAGGAGACAGCCGUGCAGACCCUCGAUCCCGCCUUCACCUACCAGUGGGCAGAGGGGGCCGGCGUGGCGGCCAUCGGGCCUGCCCUGGGAGGGACCUACGUGGACCCUGUGCCCAUUGCCAGUCAUGUCGUCAGCGCGGACUCGAUAGAAGCCCUGACAGCCUACAGCCCAGCCGUGUUUGCGCUCAACGACAUGCUGAAGCAGCAGCUGAGCCUGACGCAGCAGUUCAUGGAGGCCAGCCGGCACCUGCACGGGUCCCUCCUGCGGUCCCUGGACCGGGACUCAUUCCACUACCACACCCUGGAGGAAACCAAACAGUACAUCAGGCAGCACAGGCCCGCCCCGCUGUCCAUGGAGGACGCCCUGCAGGAGGUGACCGUGGUGGGGGCAGAUGGCAUGGAGGACUCACCUAAGCGGAAUCCCAGCUCCAGCCUUUCCGGAGUGCUUGACGUUCCCAGCCCCCGCCUCCUCGGGGUGCCCGGCACCAGACCCGAAAGGACGCACCGGCCAGGGGAAACGGAGCCACAGGCGGCACUGUCACCACUACUCCUGGGGCGACGGAGGAUGCCCGCCUGUCUGGAGCCCCGCAAGGCGGCCAGACGGGCCAGGGGCUGCCUGCCCAGUGAGUGGAGGAGAUGGAAGGGGUGAGAAGCCCCGUCUGCUCCAGAGGAGCCCACGCGAGACAUCCAGGCUGGGGACACCUGCGGGACGCGCCAGGGCCCAGCUUCUGAGCAGACAGCACAACUCAGACAGCACGGGCCCACCGGGCACGCCCCCUCCGGACUCAGCCAGAGCACGCUUCUAACUCGAACACGCCGAGAAAAAGGUCUUUAAAAAAAGUUUUUAUUUGAAGGCAAAACAGUAAAAUCCACAAGAAAUCGUUAACAGCACGUGUUUACGUUUUAUCCUGAAUCAGACACGUUUAAACAAUUCACAGCUACAGGAAAUCUAGAACAAAAUCAAAUCAUUUUAUCACAUCAGGUUGAAAAGUUGGAGAGGACUCUGCAUCUCACUGAAAAGAAUUUCUGAAAAAUGUUUUGUACAAAGAGACGGCACCGCACGAGCUGCCCAGACGCCAGGCGCGGCCCGUCCCUGCAGACCACCCUCCCGGCCAGGCCCCCUCGGCGGCAGGGUGGGGCGGGCCCGAGGCACGGCGGGGCUUGCUUUCCCCAGCCAGGCUCGGGGUGGGCCGUCCACGCGAGCGCUGGUGUUGGGUUCCUCUAAGUGACAAACACAAGCAGAGACGCUAAGGACACAGGCUCUCCGAGGGCAUCACUCCAUGACCUGAAGAUACCUUAGAUCAGCUUCCUUAGAACCUUCGUUUCUGCAGGGACCGUAAGUGGCUAAUGUUUGGGGAAAAAAUUUCAACUCAAACAACUAAAGUUAACUGAACUACGGGCCAUGAGCACGCCCUAAGAGGAAUCAGGUUCCAAAUUCUCACUGGGAUCCUCUUAGAGCAACAUUCCCUUCUCUACCACUAAACAUCUGGAGUAAAAAUGAAAGCCCUGUGUAAGUGCCAAUCA